UAUGCUCAGGCUUGCAAUUCAGAUCAUUUUAAGUACCUAUAUAUUAUUAUUUGAUAUACUGAUACCAGAUAAAUUUAACUAAAUAAAAGUUAAAUACUUACACAAUAUUGAAACAUUUCAGCUUCACCGAACAAGUAAAAAUGUUGAGCUACAUGGGAAUCCAUUUAACGUAUUUUAUUCCAGCUAUCAGUGUAUUGAUUUUAUUAGCUCGGCCAUUUAUCGAUCGUUUUGAAAUUACCAAAAUUGCAUUUAUAAGCAUCGUGGCAUUUCUCUACGCAACACCAUGUUACAACUAUAAUAUCGCCAAUGAAGCGAGGACCUAUACACCGGAAAGACUCUUAGGCGUUUUGGGAAAUGUUCCCGUCGAGGAGUAUGUGUCCGUCGUCCUACAAAUCGUCUUGACCACGCUUUGGGCAUUGCUCUGUGUCCGGUGGAAAUUACCGUUUUUAAAUUUCAACCACGACAAACAGAGUUAUCAAACAAUCCGAUGGAUACCGAUUUUGUUGCUGAGCAUUGUCACGGCCAUCGGUUACAGAAUGGCCGUUCCGGGACAAGAAACGUUUUAUUUUGGGAGCAUUCUGUGUUGGGCGUCUCCGGUGAUCAUAGUCAUGUGGUACGGGGCCGGAAACUAUUUCGUAAAAAACUUGAUACCAUCCGCUUUCGCGAUCGUGGUGCCGACGUUAUACCUGUUGUGGGUGAAUCGGAUAGCCCUGAAGGAGGACGUUUGGCAUCUGAAUAAGAAUACUAGUUUAAACAUGUCUGUGGCUGAAGGAUUGCCUUUAGAAGAAGCUCUGUUCGUCUCCAUAACGACUGCCAUGAUUGUCAUGGCGGGAGCCUGUUAUGACAAGGCAUACGGUACGAUCGUAACGUUUACGUUGAUAUACCCUCACCAGUUUAGUAUCAGUAGAAAAUUCAUUUGUCAGAUGUUUGAAGCGUUUGCAACUUCAGAAUGUUCUCUGCCUUCAAUUGUAACGGAUGACUUAAAAAGCAAUCUUAAAUCACUGGACCAUUCAAAUAUAAUGGCCACUUCCUGUUAUCUAUUUCAUUACGGAAUUCGAAUGGAUAUUAUAUCGGGCUACUCGUUUGGACGAUUUACAGAUAACAUAAUUGAUGACGCAUCGAAAAUGAAAGUUAAACAACUAAAAUUAAAGCUUUUCCAUCAAUUUAUUAGAGAGUGUUUUGCUGACAGAAAAUCAGAUUAUGAAGUGAAAUCAGUACCAUAUGAAGUAAAUAUCGAUUGGGCGCCAUACGAAUGUGAGUUUGCUGAUUGGGAGAUGGCAUCCCUUCGUUCAUUCUCUAGGAAUGCAUUUUUUUUGGCUCGUAAGCCGUAUGAAGAGUUACUUGCUGGUUACGAAUAUGAUCUUGCUAAUACGUCAUACAAAACAGAACAAGAUGUAUUAGAAUAUUUCACUUUUGUUGCCGGAAGUAUUGGUCCGAUGUGCAUUUUUCCAUUUGUUUAUAGAUAUAAUAUUGACAAGUAUGAUUUCGUUGAAAAGGACGAUUAUGUAAUUAAAAAAUCAUAUCAAUUAGGAAAUAGCUUACAGUUCGUGAAUAUCUCGAGGGACAUCGUCAGUGACAGUGAAUCAUGGGGACGUUGCUAUUUACCUACUAACUAUUUGGAGGACGAAAAAAAUGAUGUAAGGAUCUUAUGUCAAGAAAAGAAGCCUAGGUCUCUGGGAAAUGAUAAAUUGAACAGAUAUGCUGAUAAAAUGAAGGAGUUAUCUGACAAACAUCUAAUGGAAGCAAUGGAUGUCAUUUGGAGAUUACCAAUUGAUCUAAGAGGGUCAAUUCUCACAUCGCUUGAAAUUUAUCGAGGGAUUUAUUAUACUAUCAAGGCUAGUCCAACAUUUCCACUCAAAGCAAAAGUGUCUAGGUGGGAUAAAUGUAAGAUAAUAUUUAGAGUUCUGUAUAUUGAAAGCCUCCAAUAUAUGAUAUAAAUUUAUUAAACAGUUUUUACUGCUAUUAUUGUUUGUGUAUUAGCUUAGUAUGUAUAUCCAUAUUAUAAUGUAUAAGUAUGCUCAUUUUUAUA